AUGACCAGCCCGCACUCCUCGCUGCCACACGACGACGAGCACCACCUCACGGCCGCGCCACCCAACGACGUCACCCUGAGUUCUCUGGCCGACGCAGACACGGGCGCGGGCCCAGCCACAGACUCGAGCCCAAGCCCAAGCCCAGGCUCAAGCUCAAGCUCAAGCUCCAGCUCCUCGACGUCCUCCAACGCACUCGCUGCCACAGCGACACUCGCCACGCUGUCGGACAGCAGGCCGCUCGCCAGCCACGCAGAAGAUGAAGUCGGCGACGACGACGACGACGACGACGACGACGACGACGACGACGACGAGAGCGGGGGCAUAUCCUUAGCACACUUGACCGCAACCUGGGCCGCACAGCCUGCGCCGUCUCCCCCGCCUGCCCUGCUCUCCCACGCCCUGAGCUCCGCAGGCAGCCACCUGCACGCCGCCAUGGCCCACUUCCACGCCUUCGCACUCGCUCACGACACAGUGCCCCCGCCGACCAGCGACAUGACCUCGUUCCACAUCAGCAACGUCCACCUGCCCCCGCCCCCGCCCCCGCCCCUGCCCCCGCCCCCACCCUACCUGGGCCACCUGUCGAGCUCCGAGUCCUCGCUCGAGCCCCCGCCCACCCACUACGAGGCCCAUCUCAGCAUCAGAGACAAGGCCCAAUUCGUCCCCAUCACCUCCUUCUUCCACUACCUGACCCCGGAGAAGCCCACCGUGCCUGGGCUCGACCUCGUCCACGUCCCAGACGUCAUCACGCGGGACGACCUGCAGGGCGACAAGUACGACUUCCAGGCCAUCGACUGGACCAUACGCAAUACCACAAGAUCUUCAGUACGAAGCAGACGCAGAGAAUGCGAAGAGGGGAGGUUGUCGCCCAGCCUGAAGGAGACGCGCAUGCAGUGGACCCCUCCAAUCCCCAGCACGGACAACUUCUUCUCAUUUCGAAGAAACACGACUUCGCAUCGUGCUUACUUUCCCCACUUUCAGCUCCGGAACGUCCUGGCGGCCACCUCCAGGAACGACGUCUUCUACGCCGCAGGCCACAAGGUCUUCCGCACCGACGCCGAGGGCUCGCCUGCCGAAGCCAUCAUAGACCUGAGCAAGAAGCUAGCCCUAAACGGUUCCAUCACCACGAUCGCGACGCUCAACGACGUCUUGAUAGCAGGUGCUUUCGAAGGCGAGUAUGCCAUCACCGACCUGUCGUCCACAACAGACACGCCUUGCACUUUCGGCCGCACGUCAGACUUCACCUCGGAUGCCAAGUCGAAGAUUGUGAACCACCUGCACCUUUUCGAAUCCCGGACCACAAAUCACCCCCAGGGUGUCCUAUGCUCCAACGACCACCGACUGCGCAUACUCGACUGCGCGACCAACACCUUCACGCACAACUUCCACUACUCAGCUGCCGUCAACUGUUCGGCCACCAGCCCCAAUGGUAGAAUGCGUGUGGUAGUGGGCGACUUCCAAGAAACGCUCAUUACGAAUGCCGAAACAGGACGGCCUUUUGAGUCGCUCACGACUCACACCGACGAUGCCUUUGCGUGCGCCUGGGCAGAUGACGGUAUCCACGUCGCGACCGCAGCCCAAGACUCCACCAUUGUCGUCUGGGACGCCCGAUAUUGGGCCAAGCCCCUUACGGUCCUUACGAGCGAGCUCAGUAUUCCCCGCGCUCUGCGCUUCUCACCGAUCGGCUCAGGGCCACGAGUCCUCAUCGCCGCCGAAGCAGACGACUACGUCAACAUCAUCAACGCGCAGACAUUUGAAUCGAAACAGGUGUUCGACUUCUUUGGCCCGCUUGGUGGCGUGACGUUUACGCCCGACGGCCAGUCUCUGUUCAUCGCCAACGGGGAACGCAGAUUCGGCGGCAUCAUCGAGCUCGAGCGCACAGGCUGGGCCGAGCCAACCGCGAGACGGCGAUCGUUUGACAACGGCCGCGACGAGCUGAUGACGGACUGGGCGAGCGACGACGGCCUCGAAAACUGGGGCCGGUCGCAUUCGGGCCCGCUGGAACGGCAGCGGAGAGGAGUCGAUAUGAGCCAGCUUGUCGUAUGA